AUCUGAUGUCCAGAGCUAUGAACUGUAUCCCCCUGAUUUUCUGUUUACCUUUUUAUAACUUCUAUAUUAAUAUAGGCUAUAUUGUCAGCUGCAUAGCAGAAGGAAAUUACAAAAUUAAUUUCACACUGCUAUAUUGUAAUAAAAUAAAUCUACCUACAUACAUGAGACCAAACUCUUUAAAAAUGCUUUUAACUCAUUAUGUUUCAAAUUUGAAGAAUUAUGGAACAAAUACGUUUUCAUCAUGAUAAAAUGAAAGUUUUGUAGAUCAGUUAAGUGCAUGACAGUGGCUUUGUGUUUUUAGCUCUUUAUUUCAUUGUGUAAUAUGGACUUUUGUAAACAGCCAGUAUUUAUGACCUAUGGCUUAAAGGAGCUAUAUGUAGUUUUUCAACGAAAUCACUUAUUUUUAAAUUGAAUUUUUACUGCCUUAUGUCAAUUGACUUUAGCUUCACUUAGAAAUAAAGCACACGCCUGUUUUCUCUGUUGCUUGCAACAGCCACUAUUCUGCUUUUAAUGUGAAGGUAUCGGGUCGGGGUGUAGCAGCUAUAGACAGCUAUUGUUAGCUUUGAUCUGCCGCUGUUUGUUAUAUUAUCAUCCAAUAGCCUACAUUUAGCUGUGUUGACAUUGCUGAGCCUCCAGUGUAAGAUUCACAAGUAGUAAUGUUAGUUACUAAAAAGUGGCAGGCGAGCUAAGGACGAUGCAUCAUGUAACCUAAGUGCAGUAAAUGUAACGUUAUGUAAUGAGCAUGGAUUACUUCAACCUCAAGUUGAUAAAAAUGUAACGUUGCAGUGGGAGUUUACCUUAGUUUCUAGCAUGUUGUGCGAAGCUGUCUCCCUGUCUGGUUAUAGCUGCUUUUACACUGCCCUUUUUCCCUGGAGUAUUGUGCCAAUAUGCCAGCUCACAGGCUGUAUGAAAGGUACCGAGCCGGUGUUGAUCUGCCUCUGAGCCAGGAGCGCUGAAGUAACAGAGCCGGAACAUGUCUGUGUGAAAACCUGCAUGAAAGCGGUUGUGUUUCGGAUUAUGCUCGAGUUCAAGCCUAUGAUUCAGGCAUGUGUACAAUCACACGCCUGGUUACAAUCUUAUAACCACACUGCUGGUGACCGCUGAAAACUACAUCGUGCCCCUUUAAUAAAAAGUAUAUACUUUUUAGUACUUUUAAUACCAUAUUAGGAGCCAGACCAAUAUGGGUUUAGACAGAUACCAAUUUUGAUAAUUUAGGAUUUUAAAAUCAGAUAUUCUGAAAAAUAAAUGUUUUUAUUAUUAUAAAUAAUACUUAAAACAAAAGUACAGCUGAUUGCCAUGUUUUGUUGUGGAUUUGUUCCAAACAGACACGUUGCCAACAGGGAAGUUGAAAAGUGGCCUUUGGUGGAUAAACUAUGCUACGACAACUUAACAUGAUUGAAGUAUCUGUCUUCUGUUUCUUUUUUGUCAUUUAUUGGCUGUUAUAAAAACAGAUACUGAUUUAUCUGCAAAUAGCUCAUAUCGGUUAAUAAUAUCAGUAUGCCAAUUUAUCAGUUGGGGUCUAGUCUAAAUACGCUUCUGGAAUAUACAAAUAUUUAAGUCUUGUAUAAUCAGUUUGUGCUUGAUUCAUUAAUCUUUUCACUUCAUUUAGGCUGGAGCAAAGCAAAACAGGGGCCUUAGUCACUUCCUCUUUGUUUCAGUUGCAUCUGGCAAGCAGGAAGUGUCUCUUUCCGCAAUAGAUGGCAACUAUGGAGCUGAGAUAACCCCUUCUGCUUUUCUUCACCAAUCACGGCUCUGGAUCUCGAAUAACCAUGGGAAUAUGGCGUGGUCUACGAGUGGCUUUUGUCCUGGGGUCUCUGUUUAUGAUCCUGCUGAUCAUUCUCUACUGGGACGAUGUCGGGGGCUUCACCUUCUACCCACUGCACAACCCCAAACACGAGGCACUUCACUCUGAGUCUUACCGCCAGGCGACAACAGGCCCUUCACACUCUGCGUCCACGAGCAGAUCUGAGACCAGUUCUUCCUUCGUUGUCCCCACUACUUCCUCCAGGACAACAAUGCACCCUGAAGAGACAGGAGGAGCAGCUGAGGAACAUACAGAAGAUGAGGGGAAGAACAAACAAGAACAGAGGAAGGAGAAACCAAAGCAGGAUGAGGAGACAGAGAGGAGUCAUACUGCUGACGAUUUUAGCGAACAGGAGGCAAGGAAGAAGAGGCUCCUGGAUAUGUGUUCAGGAAAGGACGGAGUGGAAUUCACCGGAAGGACUCGGCCAUUUGAGCAGAUCCCCAACAGGGAGUUGGAUCAUCUGAUAGUGGAUGACACACACCAGAUUAUCUACUGCUAUGUUCCCAAGGUAGCGUGCACCAACUGGAAGAGAGUGAUGGUGGUUCUGUCUCAGUCACUGAUCUCGCCCUCUUCAGGAAAACCUUACACUGACCCAGAGGCUGUACCUCCUGACCUCGUACAUAACUCCUCUCUCCACCUCACUUUUGCCAAGCCCAAUGAGGACUUCUACAGGCAGUUUGGUUCUGUCAUGGUGCGUCGUUACGGUAAUGUGUCUGGCAGUUUGCCAGAGACAGCGGCUGAGGCGUAUGCAGCGGGAAUUAAACCAACAUUUCAGCAGUUUAUCACAUACCUUCUGGAUCCAGAGACCGAGAGGGAGAAUAUCUUCAACGAACACUGGCGGCAGGUCUACCGUCUAUGCCAUCCAUGCCAGGUGAAGUAUGACUUCAUUGGAAAAUUAGAAACCUUAGAAACAGACGCGGAGGAUCUGCUGAAGCUAAUGGAGGUGGAUCAUCUGCUACGCUUCCCUUCAGGGGCACGAAAUCGCACCGCAGCCAGCUGGGAAAGAGACUGGUUUACACAGAUUCCCAUUUCAAUGAGGAGAGAACUGUACAAGCUGUACGAACCAGACUUUAAGCUGUUUGGAUAUCCCAAACCUGACAGCGUGCUCCACUAGUAGACCACACCGAGCCAAAGGCCUGGGCACUGCACUGUGUGUAGAGCUUGCACAUGCCUUUGAAGGCCAUUCUAUGAUGCAGUUUGUUUCAUUUAUUUUGUGCAUACCUCAAAUGACAGAAGUGCCUGCCAGUAUUAUUUAAUUUGUUGUCAUCAUUGCAUAUCAUUGCUAUGUUGUCCCAGUCCCUACGUAAGGUACUUUGAAUAGUAUUUUGUGAAUACUAUUUUGGUCAAAGGGAAAGGACUGCGGUUAACUGUUGGCUGACAUUUCUGAAGGGAAAUAUGUUGCAGAGCAAUAAAGUUUUUUUGUAAUUA